GUCCUAGCUCGCUCGCUCUCUCUCUCUCUCUCUCUCUCUCUCUCCAGUGUUCCUAGCUACAACGAGUGGUUUACUUUCUCAUCCUAGGUAGCUUGUCUCCAUUGUUUUCCCAAGAGGAGAGGUUCUAGAAGCUUCUAGAUAAUGGCAGUCGAUCCCGUGUCUCUUUUGUGUUCGUGCUAGAGAGUGAGUGAUGAUGUGUGGGAUUCUAUGGUUAUAUAUAUUGAAUUUUUCUUGAGUGUGUUCUCUAGGAAAUUCGGUUUUAUGUGCAAGAUAAAAGGCAAAGAGACGAGAUUGGUGGCUGUGGAUGAGGAGGCUUAGCUCUUGAGAAAAGGAUCGAUUGACAAGAACAUGAGGCUUAAUCUUAUUGAGAACGAAGCAAGACACAGACAGAAUAACUUGGCCACAGGUUCAGUUAAAACAAUGAGCAGCAAGAUAGUGCUCAAGUUAAAGGAUUUUACCAGAAUCUGGAUAAGCCGCGAAGAGAGUAUGCUAGACCCUGGAGGCAAUGUUGUGCUGAUGUGGAACCGUGUCUUCCUCGUCUCAUGCGUUGCUUCUCACUUCAUUGAUCCUCUCUUCUUCUUCCUGCCAAUUGUUGAGCGCAGAGACCGCCAGUUGUGUAUGACAAUGGACCAUCAUCUCGCCAUUAUACUCACUUGUCUACGGUCUUUUCUUGACAUAUUCUUCAUAGCUCAUAUUGCUAUAAGUUUCUCCACUGCACAUGUUGAUCCAAGCUCCAAAGUGCUUGGCAGGGGUGAGCUUGUCACAGAUCCUAAAAAGAUUGCAAAUAGAUACAUCAGAACAAACUUCUUCAUUGACCUAGUAGCUGCAUUGCCAGUUCCACAAGUUCUUGUUUGGAUAGCCAUGCCAUCUAUCAGCUUCAAGCAUAUCAAUGCCCCUUUCUUUCUUAUAAUAUUGGUCCAAUCUGCCAUCAGAUUAUACAUCGUAAUUCUUCUCAGCCUUAGUAUCAUGGAGAUGGUGGGUUUCAUCGCAAAAAAUGGGUGGGAAGGAGCUAUCUACAGUCUAGUUCUUUAUUUGGUGGCAAGUCACGUGGUUGGAGCAAUAUUCUAUCUAACUGCAGUGGAUCGACAAAAGACAUGCUGGGAAACACAGUGCUCUAUUGAGGACAGAAUGGCACACAAAGGACUGUGUGAUUUACACUUCCUUGACUGCAAAUAUGCCACAUCAAGUAACAGUCAAAGUUGGGCAAAUAGCACAAAUGUGUUCACACAUUGUAACGCCAACAGCAAUAGUGUCAGUAUCAACUAUGGCAUAUUCAUUCAAGCAAUACAAAAUGGAGUGACCACAGCUUCAUUCUCUGAGAAAUAUUUCUACUCCCUGUGGUGGGGACUUCAACAGUUGACCACGUAUGGCAAUCCUUUGGUGACUAGUUCCUUCAUUGGUGAAAACCUAUUUGCAAUAGGGUUAACCCUUCUCAGCAUUGGUUUGUUUGCACAACUAAUAGGCAACAUGCAGAUACACAUGAGAUCUCUUUCUAAAAAUACUGAAGAUUGGAGAAUGUGGCAAACAGAAAUGGAAGAUUGGAUGAUAGAUCAUCAAAUACCUGAUGAGCUGCGAUACCGCAUCAGUCAAUUCUUCAAAUACAAGUGGUUUGCUACGCAGGGAGUUGAAGAGGAUUCAAUCUUGAGACAACUACCAGCAGAUCUUCAUCGAGAUAUAAAACGGUACCUGUGCCUUGAUCUUGUCGAACGUGUGCCAUUUUUUUCUGCAAUGGACCAUCAACUACUCGAUGCCAUCUGUGAACGCAUGACCUACUUCCUUCGCACUGAAGGCACCUACAUAACCCGUGAGGGAGACCCUGUCAAGGUGAUGCUCUUCAUUAUUCGUGGCAAGCUAGAGAGCUCCACAACAGAUGGUGGCAGAACUGGCUUCUUCAACUCCAUCAUCCUAAAACCAGGUGAUUUUUGUGGUGAGGAGUUGCUUACAUGGGCAUUGCUUCCCAGCUCUAGAGACAGCUAUCCAUCAUCAACAAGAACUGUUAAAACAAUUGCCGAAUUGGAAGCAUUCUCCCUCCAAGCCGAUGACAUUAAGUGCGUAGCCAGCACAUUCAGGAUGAUGCAUUCCAAGCACCUGCAGCACACAUUCAGGUUACACUCAUACCAGUGGAGAACAUGGGCCGCUCGCUUUAUCCAAUCAGCAUGGCGAAGGCGCCAGAAUCGACAAAAAAUGGCAGAAGUAGGUCUAAGCAACAGGUGGAAGUCAUUCUUCUCAUUGGUCAAUGACUUCAAUGACACGAGAUGUGAGGACAUUAAUGGUUCUUCUAGCACUGUAUCACACAGAGAAACAGUUACUGUCUCAAAAAUAGCAUCAAUAUUCAAAAAAGCACAGAAGGAGCGACCUGAAGAACCUGAUUUCUCUGAAGAUCAUCAUCCAGAGUAACACAAACUGCAUUCAAUAUAAUCAAAUGAUGCAAAUAGUAACGUACUAAUUAUACAAGUGGUGAUCGUUUCUGUAUGAUAAUUAUAGUUCCUGGAUGUUUACUCUCAUUCGCCAAUAACUGUUCACUUAGUUAUCUUAGUGCUCACUUAAAUUAUUAAAUACUGUAUCGCAGAAAAGGCUACCAAAUGUGGGGAGGGUCACGUCCACAAGUAAGCAUAUGCCAGCUAUAUUAGAGUUUGCAAUAGCCUCAUAUGUAAAACAAAAAUAACUGCUUCUCAUCGUCUCAACAUGUAUUAAGUACUCAGCCAAUUCUACUAUAGCUGAUGAGGUCUGAGCAAUAUGGUAGAAAGUUCA